UGACAUUUGAUUUUGUGCAUGCUCCAUAACCUCAAAUUUUAUUUUACUCUUACGUAGUUUUGAAAAUACGGUUGUAAAUACUCUUUAAUGUGUUACAUCUAAAACUUUAUUAUUUGUAACUCAUGCGUUAGAAUUUAACCGAUAUGGGAAAACGUAAAGGGAAAUGUUCCAAGAAGAACCCUGCAGGCAAAGAUGCUUUGGAGCCCGAGCAUUUGGUGAAGGCUCCCCAUUCCUUCGUCAUACAUCGUGGUAAUUGCAGCAAGGACCUCAUAGAUCUUACUAAAGAUUUCAGGAAAGUUAUGGAGCCGUUUACAGCUUCCCAAUUGAAGGAAAGGAAAAAGAACACAAUAAAAGAUUUUCUCUCAGUAUCAGGCUACCUUCAUGUUUCUCACAUGAUGACAUUCACUGAAACAGAGCUUGGCACUUACAUGAGGUUGGCUAGACUUCCACGAGGACCCACCUUGACUUUUAGAAUUCAUAAUUACAGUCUAGCCCGUGAUGUGAUAUCAUCACUCAAGAAGCAGUAUGUCAUAAUGAAGGCAUUUCAGAAUGCCCCACUCAUAGUCCUCAAUAGCUUUUCUGGAGAAGGCAUGCAUAUGAAACUCAUGGCUACCAUGUUUCAAAACAUGUUUCCAACAAUCAACAUCACAACAGUGAAGCUAAAGAACAUACGAAGAUGUGUUUUAAUGAAUUACAAUUCCUCGAGUAAAUUAAUAGAUUUUAGGCAUUAUGUAAUCAGAGCAACACCAGUAGGGCUUAAUAAAGGAACAAAAAAGGUAGUGCUGGGAAAAGUACCAAAUCUGAAUCGCUGCAAGGACAUGUCUGAGUUUUUUGAUAAAGCAGCCCUCCUGUCUGAGAGUGAGUUUGAGGACGAGCAGCAGUGUCAGGUGGUGUUGCCGCAGUCGCUGGCGUCGCGCGGCGCCGCGGCCGAGUCCAAGUCCGCCAUCAGGCUGUACGAGCUGGGACCCAGGAUAUCCUUCCAACUCAUCAAGAUCGAAGAUGGCCUCAUGGACGGCGAAGUGCUAUUCCACGAGUUGAUUGAAAAGACUGAAGAAGAAAAGGUGUUGAUCAAGAAGCGACGCGAAGAAAAGAAGCGACUUAAAGAAAAACGCAAGUCACAGCAAGAGGACAACGUGAAGAGAAAGUUACGUGAAAAGGAAGAACUCAAACAGAAGGCUCUAGAAGGUAUCAAGAAGAAGAAAGAGAUGACAGAGAGUCAAAGGUUAAUGGAGCUCGCGGCAGCCGAGUCUCAGAACGCAGCGGACAUGGAUCAGGACGAUGAAAACGACGCAGAUUACUACAGGAAGGAAGUCGGCGCAGAACCAGAAAAAGAUCUCUUCAGCGAGAAUACAUCGAGGAAAAGGAAGGCGGACGACAAUUCUGUGCGUGGAUUCAAAAAGAUGCGUCUUGACAAGAAACUAAAGAAGAAAUAUCAAAAGAAUCAAGACACUGAAAAAGUCAAUAAAAAAAAUAAAGGCGACAAAAGAUUUGGCAGAAACCAGGAAGAAGACAAGAGAAAAUUCAACAAUAAGCCUGAUGGCAGAAGAAAUAAAGGGCCACCGGGCAAAGGACAGAAACCGUUGAACAAUCAGAAGAAAGUGUUCAGUGGGAAAUUCAAUAAGAACAAAACUGCCAGAAGUAGAGAAGGAAAGGGCAAAGGUAAAGGGAAGAAUAGGAAAUAACGUUCAGUUGU